AGCAUCCAUACCAUGGCAUUUUCCCCGCACGUCCUGGUAAACGCCUCCGUUAUGAUCUUGUAGGUUCAUUGUCUGCCUCAGGAUAAAAAGAGAGACAUUAAAAUGAGUAAUCCACUGAGAGGUGAAGUUAUAAGAUUGUACAGAAAUCUUCUGUAUCUUGGACGGGAAUAUCCAAAAGGCACUACAUACUUCAGGGAGCGUCUGAAAGCAGCUUUCAUGAAGAACAAAGAUGUCACAGAUCCUGAGAAAAUCAAAAAGCUGGUUGACCGUGGAGAGUUUGUGAUCAAAGAACUCGAGGCGCUUUACUUCCUCAGGAAAUACAGAGCAAUGAAGAAACGCUACUAUGAACCAGAGCAUUAAUCGAUGUCUCUGUCACACGUGCCAGACUGUACAGUAUAUAUGUCAAAGGUUAAAUCCUUAUUUUCUGUACAUUUCUGAAUGUCUGUUUUUGAUGUGUUGCACUAUAACCGAUUUGGACAUAAUCCUUUAUUUUUACUACUUUUAAGUCCUUGUUAAAUUUACAGUAGACAGUUAUUUGUAAUGACAAGUACAUAUGCAUGUAUAUUUAAAGACAUUUCAGUUUUAUGCUGUUCUAAGCAGAUGUUUGUGUAGACAGCUCUACAUCACAGAAAGCAAAGUUGUUUUUUCCAAAGGAUUUGUCCAGCUCCUGCACCAGGUCAAACUUUCCUGCACUACCGGAAACCUUUUAGUGCCAAUAAUUGAAAAUGAUAAAAGUGAUGGGAAUAGUGUGAGUAUAUUUGUACAUGUAUAUUUGUAUAUAUGCGUGCAUUAAAGAAUAUACUCACUUUUGCUUUGAGUACAUUGUAGGCUUUGUAGAAGGUGAGGUCUUCUUUUGAUAUCGUAAGCCCAGACUGCACUUUCAUCUGUCUGCCGCCUUGGAGAGA